UUAUGACCAAACAAGACUGUAUCAGAGCUAAAAUUCACCUCCCAUAAAGAUGACUUCAAACGCAAACUGGUUCAAACUGUGUUUGUUUAUUUGUUGUCUUACACCUAGAGGUAUUUUUGGACUACGCAAUGUUCACAUCAUAGUACCUUCAGCAGUAAUUAAGGGAAGGAAUGUAACUUUAAGUUGUUUUUAUGAUAUGGAGGGUGAACAAUUGUACAGUGUUAAAUGGUACUUAAACACAUUGGAAUUUUUUCGUUAUGUGCCUAGAGUUUGGCCACGUACAUACCACUUCUCCGUGUAUAAUGGUCAACGUCUGAAAGAAGUGGCUUCUAAUUCUAAUUUUACUUCUUUGGUUAUAAUAAAUGUCCCUAGGAAUGCUAGUGGACGUUAUAGUUGUGAAGUUUCAGGCGACGCACCAUCUUUUCCAACUUCUAUAUCUCAGUCUAAACUUCAGGUGGUUGUACCGCCUGAGAGAGAUCCAUACAUAGAGACCGAUAAACUAACAUAUAAUUCUGGAGAAACUGUCACCGCCAAGUGUAUUUCAGAACAUUCGUACCCUGCUGUUAAUAUAACAUGGAAUACUGAAUUAAGUACUGAAGCUGAAAAUGUCGAGUACAAUGUAACCAAUGGUGUCGAUUAUACGACGCAUUCACAUGUAAAAAUAAAAAUUCCUGAAUCGUUUACAAAACAUACUUUGAAAAUAAGUUGCUUAGCCGAAAUCUACGAUCUAUAUAACAAAACUGGAGAGAAGAUUGUUAAAGUCCAACCCAAAGCGUCUUCAGAACUGAAACCGAAAGAAAGUGGCACUAUUACAUAAUAAAGCUCACAGUCCAGUUCGUUCAAGAGAAAUGUGUACGUCGGUAUAUAUCUAUCUAUUCCUAAAAUAUACAUAUACCUACCAUAUAAUGCACAUAUGAUAUUCGUUACUUUUUGUACCCAUUAAUGACUAGUAACUACUGUUAUAUUACUAUUAUAAUAAAGUAUCUACCGACCCGUUAACUAA